AUAAUGAUUUUUCUCUCAGGACAGAACCCCCUUGUGUGUUCAGUUUGUUCAAAGAGGCUCUCGGGGUGUCUGAUUUCAGACUUACAAUCUUAACUCGUAUUUGGUGUUAGAAGACCUUUUCUACCAUUGACCUUUUUUUCUUCAGAGCAGGGUCUAGCCCGUGGCUAUGAGAUAGCAAAUUACAACAAGCUGUGCAUCUGCAUCAGGUCUGGAGAUACAGCUGGGGAAGCUGUAUUCCCACACAAGAAGUUUUAGAAGAGUUCUGGCUCCUGUUCCUCCUGCCGUGGAAACAGAUGAUUGACCCAGAAUAGGUGAGUGAAUCACAGUGGUAGAAUAUGGCUGGGCAAAUAUCGGAAUCUGAUCAGAUCAAGCAGUUCAAGGAGUUCCUUGGAACAUACAAUAAACUUACAGAAAACUGCUUCCUGGAUUGCAUAAAGGAUUUCACUAGCAGAGAGGUUAAACCAGAAGAGAUGACUUGCUCAGACCACUGCCUACAGAAGUAUUUAAAAAUGACACAGAGGAUCUCCAUGAGAUUUCAGGAGUACCACAUUCAGCAGAAUGAAGCUCUGGCAGCUAAAGCAGGACUGCUUGGCCAGCCUCGUUAGACAAGAGCACUCUGUUCAGACUUCACAAGCAGGGCCAGUGUUCACUGGGCAAGAACACAUUUUGGAUUUUCUACUGUUGGGAUGUAUGUCCAGCAGUCCAGCAACUCAGAAGAGUUCUAGGUGCUGUUCAGACAGUGGAAACCAUGAAGGGUUAAACAAGAAGUGAGUCAUGGUGGACUGGCAAUGGAGUCUGUUUCUGAGGCCCUUUUCACUCUACAAUGGAGUAAUAUUGAUACAAACUUUUUCAGGGCCCACAGACUGGUAUGUUUAAAUUUCAGCGGGGUGGGAGGGUUAUACUGCCUUUCUGCUACGACUGGUUCAGAUGAAAAAAAAGUGUAAUAUGGGAAAUACUUUUUUAUUUAAUUCAAGUAAAAUAAAUGGGAACUGUA